UUUAUGUUGAAAACGAUUGUUCUUUUUAAUUCUACAUUUAAGCAACUUGUAUCGACCCUACAGCCGCCCCCUGACAGCAAUUGCAUUGAAUGCUACUUUAUGCAGAGAACGCACGAAAACUGAACCACAUUACUAAACAAAGAGAGGAUGGAUCUUUACGAUUAUAUGAGUCCUAAUGUUAUAACAGAAGACCAAAAUGAGGAAGGAUAUGUGAAAUUAAAAGAAGAAAUGGGCUCUGCAUUGGACUCCUUAACUGGAGGAAAAUUCGGUCCCUUUUGGAGUAAAUUUAAAGAAAAGAGCGAAGGUUUAAUAGAUAAUACAAGAGAGCGCGCGAAUACAGGAGUGAGUAAUCUGAAAGCACAAUUUGGAGAUGGAAAUUCUUCAAAUGCUACCCUGGAGAAUAUUCGCAAAGUGGAACAGUCAGCGGGUCAUUACUGGAGUAGCCUUGGAACAACAGUCAAUGGAUUUUUGGACAAAGCGUUGUACAUUACGCCAAAGGAGGAAGAAGAAUCAAGACUAACCAGAUCCAAGUCUUCUCGUGCAAAUUUAUACCUAAGCCGCCAGGAAAAACAAAUCCUGCAACUUAUUGAAAACACAGACCUUUUUCGAAAGCCUGUGUCUGAUGAAGCCUACGAAGACUGGGAAAAAGGUGUUUCCAUUGACGAUAAGACAGAUGAGAUUUCAGAUCUUCUUCAAACGUAUUCAAGUUUGCGUAAUCAGAUGGAAACAUUAGUGCCGUCUCAAGUUUCUUACGAUGCAUUUUGGAAACGGUUUUUUUGGUACAAAGAAGAAAUCCGACCAACGAAAUCUAUGAGUUCUAUUCAUAAUGAAGAAGAAGAAAUCUUUAGUUGGGAUGAUGAAAAAAGUGAUGGUGAAGAAGACAAAAAUACUAAGCAUACAAGCGAAAGACAUGGGGAUGUUUCAGAAGAUACCAAAAACGAGCUUGUUUCCGAGGGAAAGGCAAAGAAGAGCACUGAGUUGGACCCUUCUUCUGAGCAUCCUAGUGAAAAAGAAGACCAAGAGACUCCGAACACGGACAAAAAGAACACGAAGCCUAAUAAGAAUAAUCCUGAAGAUGAUGAUGACGACGAUUGGGAGUAGAUUCGUUGUUUACUAGAAGUGAUAUAAUUACUUUUUUCUUUUUUUUCGUUGUUACUAAACUCUUAUCUUCCAACGUUCUGGACUAUCUAUAUCUAUUAAUGAAUGCCUUUGAUGAAGUUUGUCAAAGGAAUUAUCCACUUUGGAGCAAGACCAUUAGUUUCUACUUGUCCAUCUGAUGAAUAUAUGUAUAAAGGAAAUAGUACGAAUAUUAAAAAAUGAAAACCUAGCUUCCUACGAAUAAAUUAUUGAGUUGACAGCCCACGAUUCGUCCAGCACCUUUGUAAAUAUUUCAUGAAAUAAUUGGUCAUUAGGGGAUAGUAGAAAAAAAGAAAUUACCGAAAAAAAUGCAAUUUGGUUUCCUGUAGGAAUCUUUACUUCGCGUUUGCCGCUUCGUAUCGUUGACGAUUUACAUCGCAUAGGCGAAGGUCGACAACACGACCACAAGCCGCUCCAUCCUCUUCUCCAACUAGGGCAUACUGAUCUACUAAACAUUCUAAGCUAUUAAGCGGUCUUGUCAGCACCUCGGUGUUGUAAGCACUCAAAGCAACAUGGAUAUAUAUGACCAGCACCAAUAUCCAACUUGGAAUGGCGAGUGCCCACCAGCGGGAAAGAUAGGAAUGGAUUUCCAGGUAAUUUAACACAGAAGAUGGAAGGAUCGACCAAAAGACGAAGAGGCCAAAAGCAACCAUUGACACCAAGUACAAAACAAACCCAUAGUACUCAUAAGUAGGGACCUUAACCAUAAUGUCCCAAUCUUGCUGAUCCAUUUCAGAGACGUCAAUUUCGUCUCCUUCAGGUGUCGUAGACCGUGCACGUAGCAUUGUAGUCAAUGAAGGAGACGGCGGAAUCAGCAUGGGAUGUCCAUAGAAUGGUGGAUCGAACACUGUAUUUGAGCGACUGUCAUUAAAAUCAUCAUCCACAGUCAUGUGAAGUCCUUCUGAUGGCGAAGAGUACUGAUUCCCCGCCAUUCAGACAUAUGUUUAUAAUGGUUCAUGUCAAUAGGAGAUGUGCCAUAGUAUCCAAAUAACGUAGUCAAAGAUAGCGUGCUAGUAAGACUUUACGAAAUAAAAACAGUGCGAUGGGAUGCAUUAGAACC